AUGUCAAUUUAUGCUUCAAUUAGUCCUAACAAAUCUUAUAUAACAAACAACCACACCGAGUCUACUGAUUCUGAUUCUGAUUGUAAAAGAAGAAAAUUAAAUCAUCCAGUACCUGUUCACAUAAUGUCUUCCUCAAAACAUAUAUAUCAAUCAAAUAAUACAACUACCUUAGUUAACAAUUCCUUACUUAACAGUAAAAAUGGUACUAUCACUCCUGUAUUCGAAGAAGAUCAACAAAUGUUAGAUGAUGAAAUUUCUUCCAAUAAUAAAGAAAACUUUGAAUGUCCAUGUGGUUACUUACAUGGACCAGGUCAAGGCAAUAAUCAUGAUAUUACUGCAGUUGGGUUCUCUAGUGAACCUUUAUUAAGAGGUCCUGAAUAA